GCAGCCAACCUCUGGUCUAGAAUCUGGAGGCCCCUCCCUUCUCCCACCCACCCUCCCUUCCGCCUCUUCUGUGCUUUGUACAAAUGCAGGCAGUUUAGACAGACGCUGGGCUGCCCCCUGAGCCAGAGAACACCAACUUCUCAGUUCCCAGUUGAAAGUGAACACAGCAGGUUCCUUGCUAUCCACAAAAUGGAAGGGAGAAAACUUUGGUGGGGCACUGUCACGCCUUCAGGAGAAGACCUGCCUUGGUGCAACAUCAUGGGACUGUACUGAAUAUAGUCAUCGUCAUUCCCUAUUGGAAAAAUGACAGAGGCGAUCUCCCACUUCCCAACUAUGGAAUCGGAGAACUCCAGCGCUGCUAGACAUCUUGGAUCCUGCUUCAGGGGAGUGAAUGUCAGCGAGGAGUACAAAGAACACCUAGCAUCUCCUUGGUUCGCCACAACAUUUGGCCUGAUUGGCCUCUUCUCCAACCUUUUUGCCUUGUGCGCUCUGGUCAAUUCCUCCAGGAAGAUGCAGAGCCCGUCUGGUUCCUCCUUCUUAGUCUUCCUCUGUGGCUUGGUGGUGACGGACUUCAUGGGCCUUCUGCUCACUUUCGUCAUUGUGAUUCCCUACCACUUCCUCCGCUUUGACUGGACGGAUGUAGAUCCUGGAUGCCACCUCUGCAACUUCAUGGGCUUCAUCAUGGUCUUUUUCGGGCAAUGCCCUCUCUUGUUAGGGGCCACCAUGGCUGGGGAGCGUUUUGUGGGUAUCAACCGACCCUUUUCCCGGUCUGCUGGUAUUUCCAAACGGAGGGCCUGGACCUUGGUGGGUGUAGUGUGGGCCUUGGGUUUCUUUUUUGGUCUCUUACCCUUCUUUGGGCUGGGGCACUAUAGCCUGCAGUACCCCAACUCCUGGUGUUUUCUCACUUUGGUCCAUGAUGCCCGAAAUGUUGUGUUCUGCUUCCUGUUUGCCCUGUUGGGCCUCCUUUCUGUGGGUCUUUCCUUCCUCUUCAAUACAGUCAGCGUGGUGACCCUUUGCCGAGUCUAUCAUGACUCUGAGUCCGUGCAACGCCGGAGGGACAGCGAGGUGGAGAUGAUGGUCCAGCUUUUGAUGAUCAUGGUUAUCGCAAGUGUCUGUUGGCUUCCCUUGUUGAUACUCAUUCUCCAGACAUCUCUUCAAGAACCACCUUCUAACCUGCCCCCCAAUCAGAUCCCAGAGGAAACUGAGAAGUUGCUGCUCAUCUGCCUUCGGGUGGCCACUUGGAACCAGAUUCUCGAUCCCUGGGUCUACAUCCUCUUCCGCCGAGCAGUGCUGAGACGCAUCUACCCCAGCUUCAAGUCCAGGCCUUCUAUUGUCUCCCUCUACCCGGUGCUCAACCCAUCCCUACGGAGGAAAUUUACUCAGGAAUCGGUGUUUCAGUAGCAAGAUCUUGUGUUGAGCCCAAGUGAGGUCCAGCUCAUAGGAUUCCUUCUUUAACAGGGCAAGAGAGCUCUGGAGUGCUAUGCUUUACUGGUGGUCCUCGACUUACGACCAACAAUUAGGCCCGAAAUUUCCAUUGCUAUGCAAGACAGUUGUUAAGCGAAUUUAUGAUGCUUCUUGAAACAGUUGUUAAGCGAAUCACCGUAAUUGUUCAAUUAGCAACACGGUUGUUAAGUGAAUCCGGCUUCCCCACUGAAUUUGCUUGUCAGAAAGUCGUAAAAGAGGUCAUAUGAUCCCAGGACAUUAUAACUGACAUAAAUACAUGCCGGUUGCCAAGUAACCGAAUUUUGAUCAUGUGACCAUGGGGAUGCUGCAGUGGUCGUAUAAGUAUGAAAAAAAGAUAAAUCACUUUUUUCACUGCCACUGUAAAUUUGAACAGCCACUAAAUAAAUGGUUGUAAGUCGAGGACCACCUGAUCUAUACCUAUGCUGCUUGAUAGUUUGCAUUGGGGUAAAGACCCUGGGAGUGUACUAUGACUUAUCUCUAAGCUACAGUAUAAGUAUAAGGGCAGUGGUUAGAAUGCAGUACUGCAGGCUAUUUCUGCUGACUGCUGGCUGCCUGCAAUUUGGCAGUUCAAAUCUCACCAGGUCACCAGGUCACCAGGUUCACUCAGCCUUCCAUCCUUCCGAGGGUGGAAAAAUGAGGAGUCAAGUUGUUGGGAUAAGUAUGCUGACUCUGUAAAUCAUUUAAAGAGGGCUAUAAAGCACUGUAAUGCGGUAUAUAAGUCUAAGUGCUAUUGCUAUUUCUAUUGCCGAGGUUCCAAGUAAUGAACCCAACCAACCCGGCAAUUCUUCAGACUUUCAGCUUUCUCAAAGAACUGCUUUAUUGAGUACAUCAUAUGGGCACUUUUGAAAUGCAAAACCAGCUCUGGUUAUUUCCCGUGCUUUCAGUAUAGUUCAAGAACAGGCGGCCCCCUCCCUCCUUGUCACUGGUCACAUUGUCCAAUUAGGUUUUCUGGCAUCUCUUUGGUAACAUCUUCCAGUCUCUACCUGGCACCUGUUGGGAUGACCUUGGUUCCCACGAGAUAGUAAAGUGUUGAUGUCUGGUCUGACAUUCCAGAGUGCAUUCGUUCCCCCUGCCUAAAGUGUGUGAAGCUGAGAAAUGGAGAAAAUGGCUGCGACAGGCCAACCUGUUUCAAAGUUGAGAGCUAUUCCAUUGGAUGUGGCCUUUCAGCUCCAGAAGCUCCUGCCAUGGUACAACCCAUAGCCCCAAAUGUAGCAUGUAGCUUCACAUUGGAAUCUUUCCAAGAGUAGGAAGGACAGUUCCUCAGAAUGGAAGAAAGGCAGGAAGAUACAAGUAGGCCUCAAAUUACAACUGGUAGCUUAGUGACCGUUUGAAGCUCCAGCCAACCCACCCCAAAAGCUGCUUACAAUACAAUUCCAAAGUUCUGAUGUCACCCUCAUCCCUUGCAGUCACUUUGGGAUGUAACUGGGCCACCCUUAUGGCAGUUUGCGGUACUCCACAGUUACGUAGCCAUGAUUUGCGAAGGUUUUGCCAGAUUUCCAGCAAAACCCAGCCCAUAGAAAACAAUGGAUUCACUUAAAAACGGGUGAAAUGCUCCCGGUUCGGACCGGAUCGCCCGAUCCAGUAGCAAUGGCAGCAGGUAGUUUGGAGAACUGGUAGCAAAAAUCCCUGCCCUCCCCGCAUGCCCAGCUGAGCCGUGCAAUCAUCAGAGGUUUUUUUUGUUUUUUUUACUUUUAAAAGCAUUUUUUCUUCAGCCAAACAGUAAAAGUAAAAAAAUAAAGCUCUGAUGAUCACGCGGCUCAGCUGGAAUCGUCAGAACCUUUUAAAAGCAUUUCUUCAGCCGAAGAGGUUGUUUAAAAAAUGCUUUUAAAAGGUUCUGGUGAUCAGGCAACUCAGCUGGGAUCAUCAGAACCCUUUAAAAGCAUUUUUUCUACAACCUCUUCAGCCGAAGAGCUUGUAAAAAAAUGCUUUUAAAAGUAAAAAAAAAAAAAAGUUGAUCACACCUACCCAGUGACAUUAACCCCCCCCCCCACCAAGCCACGCCCACAGAACUGAUAGUAACAAAUUUUACAUUUCACGCCUGCUUAUAAACCACCAUUGGAAAAAGUCCUAAAAUUUGGUCUGGUUACCUAGUGAUCUGCUUUAUGUCCAUCAUGACUUAAAACUGUACAGGUAGUCCUCAACCUAUGACCACAAUUGAGCCCAACAUUUAUAUUACUAAGUGAGAAAUUUGUGAAGUGAGUUUUACAACUUCUCUUGCCACAUUUGUUAAGUGAAUCCCUGCUGUCGUUAAAUUGGUAACCCGGUUGUUAAGUGAAUCAGGCUUCCCCAUUGACUUUGCUUGUCAGAAGGUUGCAAACUGUGAUUACAUGACUCCGGGACACUGAAACCGUCAUAAAUGUGAGUCAGUUGUCAAGCAUCCGAAUGUAAAUCACCAGUGUGAAAAAUGGUCAUAAAUCACUUUUUUCAGAGCUGUUGUAACUUCGAAUGGUCACUAAGCAAAAUGUUGUAAAUCAAGGACUGCCUGUAAUUGCCAGGCUCAAUUAUAGUCGUAAUUCGAGGAUUACCUGUAGUUUGGCAGACUGAUGCAGGUGAAGAGAAGGAGCCAGUUUUUAAGCAGAAAGUUGGUCUUAUAUUCUGUAAACCACCUUGAGUCACAAUGGGUGAAUAGGCGGCAAUAUAAAUUCAAUAAAUGAAUAAAUAAAGUUAAUGGGGAAAUUGAUCCCUAGCGAGAAGACUAUAUGCAGGAUGACCAGGGCAAUUCAAAAUGCAUGGAUUUAUUCAAAAUAAAUGAUUCUUGCAGUAAUAAAUCCUGUGGCAGUGU